UGGACUAAUGGAGGAUUCAACAACACAAGCGACUAUUACAAGUCUUGCAUGAGUGACUGGGAUUGUUCAGGCACAUUCAAGUGCAUCGGUUCAUACUGCACGUGUCCAUCUAAGGCACCGUACAACGGUGUUGAAUGCCGGAACGAUAGUGAUUCGGGUAUAUCAUGUUUUUCGAAUGCUGACUGCGGUUUCCUCAACGGAACAGUCUGCAUUGGUACCGCUAACCGCUCUACAUGCGCAUGCCGGGACCCUUCGCAGAAGAUGAACACAUCGACUUUUGCAUGUGUGGAUAGAGGACUGUACGACCCUUGUGACAACGACGAUGACUGCAUGAUGACCCACACAUGUGAAGUCAUGUACAUGUACGGCGGCUUAAGGCUUUGUAUGGACGAAUCAUAUAGCAAUACCACCGGUAAUUAG